UCCUGCCUUUGAAGAUCGCAGUUGUUCCUUCGAAAGAGGCAAAACAUAAACAUGUUUCAACGUUUAGUUACCUUACUGUUUAUCACUGCAGUGCUGUCGGAACCAGAAUGUUCCAGAUUCCACUAUGAGGAACAAACUUUAAACAAAAUGAUUCGACAGGAAAUAGCCAUGGAAAAACUGCAGGCGGAUAUGGCGGCAACGCAGCAGCAAGUGCUUGACACCCUGGGAAAGCUGACAGAAACAACACAGCAGCUUAGUGACGACUGGAAUAAUGAAAAGAUAAAAUUGGAACGUGAAACAAACGACUUCAUGGAGGGAACCAAUAAAAGCAUUCAGAAUGAAAUGGCAAAGUUGAAACGUGUGACCAACGAAAUGACAGAGGAAACAAAUAGAAGUAUUCGAAACUUUGCUGCUGAUUUAGAAAAACUGAAAGGACCCACAGUCGCAUUCAGAAGUAAUGACCUUGUUGACCAUUCACCAAGUUCUGGGGAAACGCUUGUGUUUAAGACGACGACGUUGAACGAAGGUCUCGGGUAUGAUAACAAGAGCGGGAUAUUUACAGCACCUGUAGCGGGAACAUAUACGUUUUCUGUGCAGCUUUGUGUUGAUGGUGGGAAAGAUAUGUAUUAUGCAAUAGUUGCGGAUGGUGUUGAUAUAAAGAAAGGAUGGUUCUGUGAUGAGAAAUGGAAGACAUGUUACACUACAGACACUGUUGCCGUACUUCAAAAAGAUUCAAAAGUUAACGUAAAGUGUUCUGCCGGUAGUAGUACAUUAAGAGCUACAGGUAACUACUGGAAUACGUUUUCAGGUGUACUGGUGCAAUUAUAAACCUUCAAUUUGAAAAUGGAACGUUAUGCUAACAUGUAUUUUAUGUUAAUAUUCUUGUUUGUGUUUCUUUCGCAUUAAGUAUAUGUUAUUACCUUGAUUUCAAUGUAUCCUCAAGGUACUUUAUACCGGGAGGUACUUUGUACCAGGAAUGUCCAGAUAUUACAAAUAAUACUUACAUAAAAAGUU